AUGAGAAAGAAGCUUUUGCUCGAGACGGUCAAAGAGGACUUUUCUCCAUUUUUUCCUGCUGAGCCGGACAGUAAAUACUUCAAUGCAAAAGCUCUGAGGCUUUUCAAAACUGGAGGAUCCCAGAGCUUCCCAAAGAAGCCGCAAAGAAAAGUACGAACUCCGUCUGAAAAAGAAGCUACGACUGAUUCAUCUGGUAACGUCAAUCAAAAAAUGAAGCUGUCCCGUGAUGAAGCUGAAGACAAACUCGUCGAGCUCGGAGCAGUGACCAGAGAGGACAUUGACUAUUUGAAAAGAAACCAUUACUACGGACAGAAAGGAUGCAAGGUGACCAGCCGAUUCAAAAAAGAAGUAGAGAAGGAUUUUUCCGCUUUCUUCCCCGCUGAACCAGACAAGAAGUCAUUCAAGGAACGCGCUCGCCUUUUAUUCAAAAAAGGAGGAUCCCAAUAUUUUACGAUCAAGUCGGACAAGAAGAAAUCUGAAGACAACCGGGCUGUAGAAUAUCGACUUCAACCAGAGGAAAUCAGCGUUACACGAGAAUCCCUUCGACCGAGAAAGAAAAAACGAAAACGGAAGCUGCAAUAA